AUGUCAGGAGCUCCAAAAACAAUUCAAGAUGAAGAUACAACAGAGACACAAUCAACUGCAUCAAAAAUCAAAGAUAAAGUUAUGUUAAAGCCUGACCACAUAGCAAUCCAUAACCACUCAAAACACCCAAUCUUUGUAGUGAUUAGAUCAGACCCAAAUUCAAGAAAGGCUGUCAAGGCUGGUGGCAAACUAGAGACCAAAGGAGUAGGUGUCGAUGUACAAUUUGCAUUUACCAAGCCAUGUGUUGUAGGUGCCAAGGCAAUCACUCCUGGUAAACUCUCAACCUUUUUCACCAGUACCUCUGCCUCUUUUGUCAAUAUCUUUGUGGCCUCUACCACCAAAAUGGGUGAAUACGAUCUCAUCAUUAGCAAGGUUACUUUUGAUGGUCAAACUAUUAAUAUCCAAGACCGUCACAUUGAAUACACUGACCCACAAAAUAAUAUAGUUCGAUUGUCAUUGGGUUCUUUUGAUUCUAUUUUAAAAGAUGUUACCGAAUUGACAACCUACUAUCACAAAGAAGAUUUUUUUAAACCAUUAUCACCAACUUCAUCCAUUUAA